AUGUGGCGGAGCUUCUUUUGCGCUUUAGUAGCUACUGUCGUAUUACAGGGAAUGAAUCCUUUUCGAACAGGAAAACUUGUAAUGUUUCAAGUUACUUAUGAUAGAGAAUGGCACUUUUUUGAAAUAAUAUUUUUCUGUAUAUUGGGAGUAUUCGGC